CCGUUAGGGAAGCUAAUAUGGCCCUCCUACCAGUAGGUGGAGGUGGUGUGCAAAGAGGGUUGGGCGUUUUUUUCUUCCAUCUUCCGCAACACCAACAAUACAAGAUUGUUGGGCAACGUGGUUAUAGCGUUGCCUCAGGGUAAAAUGACCACAAUUUUGAGACUGAAAGGCCUUGAUGAAACAGCAGAGAUCCAAGAUGUGAGAAGAUUCUUUCAAGGCCUUAGCAUUCCUGAAGGAGGCGUUUGCAUCGUUGGGGGAAAAUGCAGUGAAGCAUUUAUAGCGUUUAGCUCUCAGAUGGAUGCAGAGCUUGCCCUGGCUCACUCAGGAAAUUUGCUCAGAGGCUCUGCGGUAAGUCUGCGCAUCAGCAGUCUUGCAGAGCUUGAGCACAAACUAAAGGCAUUUUUAAGAAAGAAGAACAGACUUAAAUGUCCAGGGAAUGGAUCCAACCCUUCUAAAUUGGCAACAUAUAGACUUGAAUGUCACACAAAAAGACCCAAGGAUUCAAAACCUGCAACAACUGGACUACCUUCCGAGCCUGUUGUCAUUUCCUCUGAGCCCCCUGCUGUGAACCCCCAGAUGUGUCAAGAGCCAAAUGCUCUUCCAAGCAAUUUGCAGACUGCUUUUCUUCUUGGGAUUUACACAGUGCUUAAGGGCCAGUCUGUUUUAAAAGAAGACUCUCCUCAAGAGGUUGCCAGUUUAAAUGAUAAAGACUUUCUGCAAGCUGUCAGUAUUCCAUCCCCUAGUAGUGAAGCACUUCCUCAAGCUGUCAGUAAUGUAUCUUGUGUUGUAACGCAAAAACCUGGUUAUAUCAGGAUGUUUGGGGUGCCUGCCUUGACAACUAAAGAGGAACUUGAAACUUUUUUUGAAGGACUGCAUGUGGAGGAAGCUAUGAUUAAUGUGAAAUUGGGACACAGAAUUGGCUGCCUUGUGAAGUUUGCCAAUGAACUGGACGCCGACAAUGCCCAUCUCUUUAACCAAAAUUCACUGGGCUCUUCUAAUGUGGAAAUUCGCACCGCAAGCGAAAAAAUAUGGAGACAGGUGUUGGAGAAUGGUGGCAGUGGACUUGAGGAGGCGUCGCCAAUGGAAUUGGGGCCACUCAGAGAAAAUUUGGAUUACAGACACAAAGCCAAAUCGGACUACAAGAGAAGAGCUCUGCAACCUCAGCUGUCAAAAAUGCCCAAGUUGGAGCAGAAAGUGGAAUACAUAGUUCAAGUUACAAACUUGCCAAAAGAUAUAACCAAGACUCAGAUAAAAGAAUUGUUCAGCUGUCCCGACAUUGGGUAUAAACAGAUACUUCUACUCUUUGACAAAACUGGUGCUCGGACUGAUGUAGUUUUUCUUAUUUUGAGGAACGAAGAUGACUAUAAUUAUGCCAUCAAUCUAAAUGGUUGCCACCUGCAGUCUGGUAUCAUUAAAGUGGUGCCAGCAACUAGGGACUUGAUAAAGGAGGCAAUAAGUAAAAAUUAUUGCGCCAACAUCCAUCAGACAAAAAGGCACCUUGGAAAAAAAGGAUUUACAGUUGGGAAAGCAGAGAAGAGGGACUCUGAAGAGAAGACAUUUCUGUUUGUCAGAAACAUGCCCCAGGAUGUUCAGAUAAGUGACAUUAAAACGUUUUUCCAGGACUAUGAACUGAAAGAUAACCAUAUUGUCCUGCUGCACAGUCAUGACGGUAGUGGCACCGGUGAAGCUGUGGUCCAGUUCACGUCGGCCCAACAAGCUGCCACGGCACACAAGCUCUUAAAUCGGGACUUCUGUGGAAACAAACUGCUAAUGACACCAAUAAGUGCACAGCUGAGAGAAGAUAUGAUUUCAUAAAUUUGUUUUGGUUAUUUGUUGAUCUGAACGGUUUUUCAUCGGAUUGUGUCCAAGUGAUAGUCAUUUGUGACUAUUGAAUGUUAGUUUUUUUUUUUUGUUGUUCCAUUUAAUUUGAAGUUUAAAUUGUCUCCAAGAUAUGGGAUGUAUGGCCAUCAAUAAGAUUGGACAUGAGCCAAGUGUUUGAAUGCGUUAUUGCAAAGUGUGUUAUGUAAAUACACAAGAUAUUAACAUGUAAUAUAUUAAAGUUCCAAGGAACAGAAGGAAACGUGGGAAAAUUUAUUGACAAUCAUAUGUUCAAAUCAAAUGGUUGUGAUGUGACAUAUUCCUACCACAGGAAACAAUCAGGAAAAGACUUGUGGCGAUGGCAAGACUAAGGUCAUUGUUCCUUGCAGAUUUAGAAGUCAAAUAAUAAAGGUUAUUUAUACAUGAUAUUAAUAAAAAAACUUCUUGAACAUAAUUCACAAAAACUUUACAAGUAUGACCUGGUACACAACAAAGAGCAUGUCACUGUCACUUCUAGUACCGUUGCUGACCUGUGGAGGAAACACAGACAAUAUAUCAAGUAUGAACACAGAUGUGUUUCCCUUCCCAAACAGAUGUCAUGACAGAGUGUAGCAUACAAACCUCCAUGACUUGCUAAAGGACCAGUAUAUUUGUUGGUGUUAACUCUCGACGAGUAGUAGCCUCCUCCAGAGUUCAUUGAAUGGUUCUGAUCCUGAGGGAAUUAAAGACUUGUUACCAUUUAAAGCACAGGAAAAUACAGUAAUAUCCAGCCUAAACCAGGAGGCACAAAAUCCCUGAAGUAACUCAUGAACACACAGUCACUGUAAAGCAGGGGUCGAGAACCUAUGGCUCAGAUGUGGCUCUUUUGAUAACUGCGUCUGGCUCUUUGCAAAGUGCUGACUAUGUGCAGUUUUCCUGAACAAAUGCAUAUCAGUUCUUUGUGGUGCAGCACUGCGGUGAAGCUCAAGUUGGAGACGAGAAGGUUGCUCAUGCAGGAGAAAAGUGCAAUCACGGAUUUUCAAAAUAAAACAUUUGUCGAC